GAAGGUUUCAUAGAAUUUUGUAUAUUUGCAUAAAAAGGGUGUGAUGUUUGGGUAGUUAUUUACACUCCUGAAAUCCCUACUGACAUAUCUUCUCCAGAUCCCACGUUUAAUUCACGGGUACCACCACAUCUCUCGACCGUUUACAAAUCUAUGGUGAAUAAUGGAGAAGGAAGCAAAGAAGGAAGCUUUUAGGAAGUACUUAGAGUCUAGUGGUGUUCUGGAUGCUUUGACUAAAGUUCUUGUGGCUUUAUAUGAACAGAAUGACAAGCCUUCCUCAGCUGUUGAGUUUGUGCAGCAAAAAUUAGGUGGUCCUAGCUUGUCCGAGUAUGAAAAGCUACAAGCUGAGAUGUCUGAUUUGCAAACUCGAUACAAUGAGCUUAUGGCAGUUCACCAAGAAACAUGUAACCAGCUUGAGGCUUUGAAAAACACCGAAAGAGAGGCAUCAUCGAAGGAGAAUGUUGAAGGUGAAGAUCCAACACAAAAUUUAUGAUAAAAUACCAAGAAAUGAGAUAUGAUAUGAAGACUCUACAUACCCAAAACUGAUUACUAUACUCCUUAUUUUAUUUUUAGUAAUACAUAUUUUCCAGCUUUCUUUUAUCUUUUUCUUGUUUUUGUUUCUUUCGGAUAUCUAGACUUGUGCAUUAACAUUGUAAGGAAAACCAUGAUGGUGGUUAUUUAGGUUAAUUUUCC